AUGAGGAUGCUGCGGGCGGCAACUGCUUUUUUUUCUGCUUCUGCAUCUACAGGCUUUUCCAGCGGACUCAAUGUCAGAGGUAUGCCACCUGCUCUUUUUGUUUCCGGCAACAAUUACUUUGCUCCUUUUCACUCUCGACCUUCCCAACUCUCCAUACCUACAAACACCCAAUUGCAUCAGCAUGUGAAAGUCAAUAAUUCUGAGGAUGCAUUCCAUGUGUUUGACGAAAUGCUUCAAAUGCGUCCUCUGCCUUUCGUUGUCCGUUUCAACCAAAUAUUGACUCAAGUUGCCAAGUUUAAACAUCAUUCGGCGGUCAUCUCGUUAAAUAACCUAAUGGAUGUGUUUGGAAUUCGUCCUGAUGUUUACACUCUAAACAUUGUCAUCAAUUGCUUUUGUCGUCUCAACCAAAUGGGAUUUUGUUUAUCCGUCUUGGGAAAAUACUUUAAAUUCGGUUUUGAACCUGAUGUCACAACUUUCAGCACUCUGAUCAACAGAUUCUUUCUACAUAAUAAAGAGGCUGAUGCUGUCGGGAUUCUGAAUAAAAUGUUGGAGAGCAAUUGUAAGCCCGAUAUUGUUACUUUCGGCGUACUAGUAAAGGGCAUGUGCAAGAAAGGUAACAACACUGGAGUUAUCCAAUUGCUUAAGAAGAUGGAAGAAGCAGGCUGCAAGCCUAACAUAGUUGUCUACAACACGAUCAUUGACAGUCUUUGCAAGGAUACUCUAGUUGUUGAUGCAUUGAAACUCUUUUCAAAAUUGGUGAGCGAGGGUAUUAGUCCAAAUGUCCUUACUUAUAACACCUUGAUUCAUGGAGUAUGCAAAUUAGGGGAGAGGAAAGAAGCUGAGAGAUUGUUUAAUGAAAUGGAGGGGAUGGUUGGGGAAGCGAAAUGCUAUAUUGAAAUGAUGAUUCAAAGAGAUAUUGAACCCGAUAUAGUUAUGUACAAUUCGCUUAUGGAUGGUUAUUGCUUGCGAGGAGAAAUGGAUGAGGCAGAAAAAGUCCUUGGUCUAAUUGUUAGCAAAGGCUGCAUGAUUGAUGUUUAUAGUUAUAGCAUACUGAUAAAUGGCUAUUGCAAGCAAAAAAGGGUAGAUGAGGCCCAAAUGCGUUUUAAGGAGAUGUGUGAUAUGGAAAUUGUUCCAGAUAUAGUUACUUAUAACACUCUUAUGGAUGGCUUUUGCAAGAUGGGGAGAAUACAAGAUGCACAUAACUUAUUUCCUCAAAUGCAAGCUUGUGGGCAACUUCCAAAUGUUCAUAUUUAUAAUACUUUAAUGGAUGGCCUUUGUAAAAACCAUGAACUCCCGAUGGCAUUGAAACUGUUUCAAGAGAUGGUAGAUAAUAAGUUGGAUCCAACCAUGGUGAGUUACAAUAUUCUCAUUGAAGGCUUGUGCAUUGGUGGGAAAGUUGAAUAUGCAAGGGAUAUCUUUAGUGGUUUAUCAUCAAAAGGACUUCUGCCCAAUGUCAGGACUUAUAAUAUAAUGAUCAGUGGAUUUUUGUAG